CCCGGCAAUGGAAAUAAAGCUUAUCUAUUUUUGCUUUUUUGUUUUUAACAAGGUGCCUAGGCUUCUGAUUUCACCGGGUUCGUCUAGUCUAUAUCAGCACUCUGUAAGCUGAGCUUUUUCCUUCAAAUCUACUGAAGACCCAUUUCGAAUUUUCGAUUUGCAAGAUUUCUUUUAUUCCACAAAGCCCCUAGUCUGAUCCCGCACUCUCACUUCCUAAAUAAUUUUUCGGUGGAUCCGCUGCCGGACAACAUGAUCGGCUAACUGGUACUCGUCUUGGGAAUCGGAACUUGCCUGGAUUACUAUCUCCAUAUUUUUGGGACAAAUCGAAGGCGAUAUGUGGUCAGAACAGGAUGAAACAUGCUUCUUUUGUAUAUAUGACCAUAUCAAAUCUGACUAUUGGUUGUGAGAAUGCAAAGACAACCACUGAAGUCCCCUUGCAAACCGCAGAUGGAGUUGGAUAGGAUUAGCAACUUACCGUGUCAUGUUGCAGAACGAAUUCUGUCGUGUUUGCCGAUUAGGGAGGCAGUGAGGACAAGUGUUUUGUCAAGCAAGUGGAGGUACAAAUGGGCUAUGGUUGCGCAUCUCGUGUUCGAUAAUCACUGUCUCUCGGCUCAAAACCGAACAACUUUUGUCAACAUUGUUGAUCAUGUACUCUUACUUCACAUUGGCCCCAUACACAAGUUCAAGCUUUCAAAUCGAGAUUUUCUAGCCACUAGUGAUAUUGAUCGAUGGAUUCUUCAUCUAUCAAGAAGCUCUAUCAAAGAGUUCAUACUUGAAAUUUGGAAAGGGAAUCGCUACAAGAUGCACUCAUCUGUAUUUUCUUGCCAAGAUAUGACUCAUUUGGAGUUAUUUAAUUGUUUGUUAAGACCUCCGCCAACAUUCAAAGGCUUCAGCAGAUUGAAGAGCCUUGAUCUUCAGCAUGUUACCUUGGCCCAAGACGUCUUUGAUAAUAUGGUUGUUCGCUGUCCUCUGCUUGAGAAAUUGACUGUGAUGAACUUUGACGGUUUCACCCUUCUCAACAUUGAUGCACCAAAUCUCCAAUUCUUUGACGUUGGAGGUGUUUUUGAAGAUGUUAAUUUUAAGAAUACCUUAAAUCUUGCUGUAGUCUCCAUUGGUUUGUACGAGCAUGUUUGCAACUACCAAAGACGAGGGCCUCCUGGCAGUUCUAGCCAUUUGCUCAAAUUUUUAGCUCACCUGCCUCGUAUUCAAAGACUGGAAAUUCAGAGUUACUUUUUAAAGUAUUUGGCUAUUGGUACCUUGCCAGGAAAGCUGCCUAAACCAUGUCUAGUUCUGAAUUAUCUUUCUAUUCGCAUAAGCUUCACUGAUUCAGAUGAGAUCUCAACUGCUGUAUGCCUUUUGAGAAGCUCACCUGCUCUACAAGAAUUAGAAAUUUUGGUCCGGCCAGAGGAUACAACUUGUGCAGGAACGGUUAACUUUCAGUUAGAUGACGACUGGAAUGGUCCAAUUGCCCGACUCCGCCAUGUGAAAAUAAACGGCAUCGCUGGUACCAAACCCGAACUAGAAUUCAUCAGACUUCUACUUUUAGGUUCACCUGCGCUUGAGAAGAUGACUGUUAAGCCCGCUUCUGUCACCUGUGGUUGGGAGAUUGUAAAAAAGUUGCUUCAGUAUAGGCGCGCCUCAGUAUAUGCAGAGAUAAUCUACAUGGACCCAUGACAUGACUCAUCAAUGAGUUUUGGCAGCUAUGAGGACUUUCCUACUGAAAGGAAUGUUGGUUUUGUAUGAAGUAUUAAUGAUGUAUGUUUAUUUUUCUGAACAAUGUCUCAUGUUGGCAAUGCCCUUGCAUUUGUGGAAUCUGGUAUCUGUAAGCUCUGAGAUCUGGAUUAACUUGGCAUGAAUAUUGCAUAA